CCGCCGCCAUUACCGCUGCGCCCGCCCGUCGAUGUAGACCGCCUCGGAGUCGCGCCCUUCCUCCUCCCGUCCCGCAGGGCCGCGGCCACCAUGGCGUAUUAGAGGCAGCAGUGCCUGCGGCAGCGUUGGCCUUUGCAGCGGCGGCAGCAGCACCAGGCUCUGCAGCGGCAACCCCCAGCGGCUUAAGCCAUGGCGCUCCUCACGGCACCCAGCAGCAGCGUUGCUGUCACGGACAGAGACACCUUCGAGCUGAGCCCCUGCCCCGGUUCCAGCGCAGCCCCGCGACACGGCCGACAUGAGCUUCCUGCACAGCGCGGGGUUGGCGGGGGACUUGGCGUCCCCCUUCGACCAGGCGGCUUUGGGGGCUGAGGAGGGCCUGGGGCUCCUGGACGACUACCUGGAGGUGGCCACGCCCUGGAAGCCUCCCGGGCCCCCCGGCGACAAGGCUGCGGCGGGCUUCUCGGAAUGGCUGGCGGCGGACGGGCUGCCGGGCGCCUCCGCCGACGGCAAGGAGGACGCCUUCUCCGGGACGGACUGGAUGUUGGAGAAAGUGGACCUCAAGGAGUUCGACUUCGACGCCCUGCUGAGCUUGGACGACCUGGAGACCGUGCCCGACGAGCUGCUGGCCUCGCUGGACGACUCGUGUGACCUCUUCGCCCCCCUGGCCCUGGACGCGCUCAAGGAGCUGCCCCAGGCGGGGAGCCCGCUCGGCCCCCUCCCCGCGAGCCUGCCGCAGGUCGCCCCCUGCACCUUCCUGCAGCCCCUGCCCCUGUCGCUGGGGGUCGCGGCCGCCUCCCCGGAUGAGUCGUUCAGCUUGGAGCUGGGCAGCGAGGUGGACAUCGCCGACGGGGACCGGAAGCCCGAGUCGCCCGGCCUGGGCCCCGUGGUCCCGCAGAGCGUCAAGGAGGAGGACAGCCCCUCGGACAACGACAGCGGCGUCUGCAUGAGCCCGGAGUCCUACCCGGGCUCCCCGCAGCGCAGCCCCUCCGCCUCCACCCCCAGGGUCUCCCCGCUCAGGGGCCCGCCCGCCCCCACCCGCCCCAAGCCCUACGAGCCUGCGGCGGCCGCGGCGGCGCGCGUGAAGGGCGAGAAGCUGGAGAAGAAGCUCAAGAAGAUGGAGCAGAACAAGACGGCCGCCACGCGCUACCGGCAGAAGAAGCGGGCGGAGCAGGAGGCGCUGGCGGGCGAGUGCCGGGGGCUGGAGGAGCGCAACGCCGCCCUGCGGGAGAGGGCCGACGGCCUGGCCAAGGAGAUCCAGUACCUCAAGGACCUGCUGGAGGAGGUGCGCGCGGCCCGCGGCAGGAGGAGGGUCCCCGCCUAGGGCGCCGCCUGUGCACAGGAGGCGCCACUGUAAUAAAUUAUUUUGUAGUGAAAGCACA